AUUCAAGAACUGCCUAUUGCUCUUUCUCCGCCAUCGAGGUGCGCACAUUCGCUUCUCCUUCACCAUGUCUUCCCACAAGACUUUCAGGAUCAAGAGGUUCCUGGCCAAGAAACAAAAGCAGAAUCGGCCCAUUCCCCAAUGGAUUCAGAUGAAAACUGGUAAUAAAAUCAGGUACAACUUGAAGAGGAGGCAUUGGAGAAGAACCAAACUGGGCCUAUGAGAAAUCACACAUGAGAGAUGACUCACAUAUUUAUGCUGUAUCCAGGUUGCCUACACCCUUAAAUGAUUGAAAAGAUGCUACUGUCUGGACAGUUGGGUCAUUUUAAUUGGAAGAUUAAUGAACUUGUGAUUUUGCUCUCUUGAUUUUUCCCCCCUGAAAUAGUAGGUUGGUUCAUUAAUAAAUGUGUGAGAUCUUUAAAAAAAAGAACUGCCUAUGACCAUGGAAAGAUUAGCAACCUUGUUGCCCAAACAAUGGAGUCCCACCUCAGCCUCCUAAUUCCCCAUGCCUAUAAUCCCUACUUCCCCAUGUAAUCCUUGUCCUACCCUAUGGUAGCAGCUGGUUUAUGGGAAACUGGAGAGCAGAUUUUUGUGGGUGACCUGCUGCUCUCCCAUAGUGCCGACAGUAUUGGAAUAAACGCUCAUCUAUGAUUCAACCCUGUCUCUGCUUAGUUGGCUCAAGUAGUGACAGGCAGCCCGGACCCAUUGAUUGUCCUGUUACAGCACCUCAGACCCUUCAGUCCGCACGCCGGUGGCUCUGUCCACUGAGCCAAACAAGCUAGGGCAGAAUACCAGUCUUUUAAGCCCAACAAUAUCCUUUUUCCUGCACAAGUUGCUUCUUGGUAGUGUGGACGAAAGGGGUCACAUGCUGACCUGACAAGCUCAGGAGAGGCCUGCAUGGCAGUCUUGCAAACUCAGAGACUAGGUCCUAAAGUAACCACAAAGGAUGGUCUGAAAUUAUACAUUAAAAGCAUCAUGGUGGGCAGUUAUGUCCUAGGCCAGUAUCUUCACUGACAAGGUCAACCUUUACCUUAACUGAGUCUAUCUGUCUUUUUGCAUCUAUGGUAACAUAUGCUUGAAAUGUCUGGGUAACUUGUAGCUUUUCUGGAGCCCCUGGGGCACAACCAAAUGUGCUGGACGCCAGGACAGAGACCACAAAUUCCCUCAUUAUCAUGUUAAUUGAUCCUGUGCUUUGCUUUAUCCCACCUCCUUAAUCUAUCACCAAUGAAUUUCAUGUAACCCACCUAUGCCCCUCCUUUGAUUGCAAUGUAUAAAUACAAAUGUAACCCGACAUUCUCUGGAGCAUUAUCUCAAUUCGUUAAGGUUCUUAUUCCCUGCGCAUGUCGACAGUUUGGCUCAAAUAAACUCACAAAACUUC